AUGCUAUUUUCGGAGGCUCUGGCUACUGCGACGGUUGAUCUCACCCAGGCUGAAGAUGACGCUCCAGAGCAACAGAGUUCAAUCAGCGAGGAGCGCGCACAGAUGCUGGAGCAGGCAAGCGACGCUGCCAGGACCCAACGUGACAUUAGCCUCCACAACUUGGCACAGCGGGAGGGGGUGCUGACGUGCCCAAUAUCUCUGGAGUUGUUCGUGGAUCCUGUGGUGACAAUGUGCUGUGGCAAGACAUUCUCGUCGGAGGCACUACGUCGAAAGCUGUUGAGAAGCUCGCUGUGUCCGUUCUGUCUUCAUCACGAGUGUCGUUUUAUCCGAACAGUGACGUGGAAACACUGGUGGAGCUCCAUCGCGCAGAGCGUUCGAUCCUUGGACUAUCGGAGCUCCCACCAUCAAGAACCGAUGAAGCGGUAG